AUGCCUACAAAAAGUGAACACCGUCUUGGACGUGAGGUGAUUGAUGAUAUUGUGGAUAAACCCACAAAUCCAUUUACAUCACAUUCAACAUUAGCAUUGGAUUAUACUAAUACAAAUAAUAAUUCAUUAUCUAAAACAUUACCAAGUUCAUUAAAUUCAUUGAAUCAACGAACAUAUUCUAGUUUCACAAAUCUUCCAUCGAUGUAUAAAUCUGCUACGAAUUUAUUAACUUCUUCUACCACUACUGAAUUACGUGAUCGUUUGCAUUUAACAUUGCCUCGUUCGAGUUCUUCGACAACCGCCAGCAUCCAACAACAAUCGUUAUCAAAUGAUGAACGACGAAAAGAAUUAGAAAUGAUAAUACGAAGUUUAUAUGAGAAAACAGAUACAAACAAUGAUGAACAACAACAGUUCAACGGAAAUUUAGAUUCACAUUUUUCUAUGAAAAGUACAAACCAAGAUCAAACGUUAAAUUCUAACAAUUGGACAUCAACAUUUACUAAUAAUAACAAUGGAGAAGAUAAACUAAAUAAUGCAAAUGAGAUUAUAACAUUAGAAGAUUUAAAUGAGCAUAGUUCGUCUAAUGGUAGUUUAUUGCAGCGUGAAUUAAAGGAAAAAGAACUUGACAUCGUUCAUUUACAAAAAGAAUUGCAAGAAGUCCAGUUAGAAAAUAAAUUAAUUAAAGCCAAAUUGCCAGGUGUUUCGUAUCAAAAUGGAACGAAUAAAACAGAUGAUGAAGUAGAAGCUGAAACGUUACGUCGUGAGAAAGAUAUACUGGAGAAUGAAUUAAAAAAAUCUCAUGAAUUAAUUGCAAAAUUACAACAAUCACCAAUUCAAAAAACACCAGUUUAUUCGAAAAUUGACGAAAUAACAUUACAUCAAAAAGAAACAUUGGAAAAAAAAUUAAAAUUAUACGAAAGACAGCUUACAAUUUUAACGCAAGAGAAUGAAAAAUACAACCAACAUUUUUAUCAAACAGAUCGAACAAUUCAACAGUUGAAACGAGAAAAUGAAGAAUUACAACAGAAGGUUUCAGAAGUUAAAAAACGAAAUGAGGAAAUACUAUAUCAAGAAUUCAAUACGUUAAGAUCGGAUCUAAAAAUGUUAAAACAACGUAAUGAUGAAUUAUUCGAAGAAAAUCGCCGAUUACAACUAGAACAACGAAAUGCGAAUUAUCGUACAACGUAUAGACCACCAUCACCAUCUUCUUAUAACAAUGGAAAUAUCAAUAAUCCGAAUCUUUAUAACCAAGUAUCAGCAUCUGAAAAUGUUGUUCCACCACCUUCAACCUAUUCACGCUCGAAACCUCCUCCACCAUCUGUCACACAACGAUUAUCAGCGAACGAUCGACGAAAAGAUGCAAAUGGACUUGAAUCAUCGAAUUAUCAAGCAAAAUCAUCAAAUCUUCGCAGUGAUAGUCCAACAUCAGAAACAAGUGAUUCAACUCAAUAUUUAACAUCCAUAUCCGUUGAACGUUAUACACGACCACACUCAAAUCGUCCUCAAAAUAGUCGCGAACAAAAAUACGAUCAAAUACCCAUAUCAAGAUACCCAAACAGAUUGUCUAUCGAAGAAUUACAAUCGACAGAUAUUUCUAACAACAAAAAUAACGGUGCUAAACGCAUUGUCAAGAAAAAUCGUUCAGUAGAAUGGAAUAACGUUCCAAACGAUGAUAAUAACAGUGAAGACCCAUACAGAUAUGCAUUGGUCAGAUACAUAGGUAAAAUUGAUUUUAAGUAGGCAUACUUCUCGUUUAGUGUAUCUAAUCUAAGUAUGCACACAACUUUAGCAGUGUAGCUAAUGGGAGAAAAGAGAAGAAAGAUUGCCUCUCCACUAGAUGUUUUCGCUCAUGCUAAUUCACACUACUUCUUUGGUACAUGUAUCACAUAGCUUCUACUUCUACUGCCGACUAGAGAGAAUGAGUACUACCUCUGAAGAUCGAAUGAGAACUAUGCGUACAGUAAGGAAUAGUCCAAGUUUCCAAGGUUGAGAGUUUCUGUACGGUUAAAGCAAAUUUAUUGAGUAUGAUGAUUUUCGCAUUUUUAAGUGACUUCAAAAUACAAAUACUCAGGCAAAAGUCUUCCAACUAAAACACCUAGAUGCUUUAUCUGGCGUAUAUAUCAUAUGAUCUAGGUCAGUCAUCGAAUUAUCUAGCUCCAUUGCUCAUGUAUAGCGCGUUUUACCACUGGAAAAAAAUUAGAGUAACUCCCGUCCUUUACAGCAAAAUACUGGUAGUCGGCUAUGCUAUAGUCAACUUCUUCACAAAUUACGUUUCAACAUUACCUUCCUAUCCUCACAUUUAAUUUUUGCCACUUUGUAACACAGUUUGCACUAAAGUCAUAUGUUUUCAUCUGUCAUUCCACCACUGUUGUCUACACAUACUGUAAAAUUGUAAAAUCAUAGAAUGGUCCGAUAAAAAAACAAAAGUACUCAGGUCAAUGAAUUCGAUGGUAGGAUAGGAUCUAUCAAAUCUAAGUACGAUUCUAUAGGAAAGGCAUAGGACAGUUUUUUUCGGUUUCUUUUCUAGUCUCUAAAUCAAGACUAGGAUGAACCUAAUAACAGCUGAGUGAGUUUCCAUGUUGAUGCUCACACUGUUUACUGCGGAAAUUUGAGUUUAUUCAACUGGAGCUUUUUUUUUUCAGUGUCAUAUUUAUAAUUGUUUCUCUGAGAAACAAAAAGGUGAAAAGAUUCAUGCAAAAAAAAAACACAGAAUAGAGAAAAAUACAAAUCCUAUGAUAUCCUAUCAUAUGUAGGAUCUUCCAUAGGAUUCAUUGACCUGGGUGUUAUUGAUGAGAGAGUAAUUCUUUUGGUGCUGUCCCACACUUUAUAUGAGCGUCUACCGCAAACAUCGAGACAUAUCUCAUUUGAAAGAGCAUUUAAUUCUGAGUAAGAAUGUGUCAUUUAAAAGUUUUGAAACAUCGGCCUGGGUUCUGCGAUGGUCCGACAUUUGGGUAUUUUAUAGGUUUCAAGACGCAAUUCAUAGCUAAUUAUUCUCAGAAAUGACAAAAGCGACAAACCUGAAAGCUUUAGGAUAUAGACUAGAGACAACAAGGAAUAAAAUGGCU